GACCGCUUCCAAGUUGUUCCAAUGACUAUCUUGUGCGUUAAGUUCUCUGUCCGAAUGCGUAACCGAGUGGGUAAGAGAGAGAACGAGUAGGUAAGAGAGAGAGAGUGUUUCUUCUUCUGCAAAGUCCAAAAUUCUCGAUAUUUCUCGGCAGAUUCAUAAUACAUUUUACUGGUGGAUAGAUUUAUUGAACACACAGUCACAGAAAGAGUGUGCCGAUUUGAAUGGGCUAAAUUUGAGCUUCCACAUAUAUAUAUUUUUUUGGCGUUUUGGGGGUUAAACUAAAUCUGGCAAACAUAGGGGGAUUGAGGCCUCGCCUGUCGUUGAAGCUUGCCCUAUCAGAGGAGCAGGACGACGAGGACUGCAGGCCUUGGCGUCGCAGGCUACCCAUGGCCUUCAGUUGGCUCUCCGUCCUCAAAAUCACCCUCCUCAUCUUCCUUCUCGCCGCCAUUACCACCGCUUGCCUCACUCUCCCCAUCGAAAAGAUACUGAAGGACUUCUUACUAUGGAUUGAACAUGAUCUUGGGCCUUGGGGUCCCCUUGUGCUGGCUAUCUCAUAUAUCCCUCUCACUGUUCUGGCAGUACCUGCUUCAGUACUUACACUCGGUGGCGGUUAUCUAUUUGGCUUGCCGGUGGGUUUUGUUGCCGAUUCAUUUGGUGCAACAAUUGGCGCAGCUGCUGCAUUCUUUAUUGGAAGAACAAUUGGGAGAUCGUUUGUUAUUUCCAAGUUAAAGAAUUAUCCGCAGUUCCAGGCAGUUGCAAUUGCAAUUCAGAGAUCUGGUUUUAAGAUUGUUUUGCUGCUUCGGCUUGUUCCUUUACUUCCAUUUAAUAUGAUGAAUUACCUCUUGUCCGUGACUCCGGUUCCAAUAGGGGAGUACGUGUUGGCUUCAUGGUUGGGAAUGAUGCCAAUUACUCUUGUGUUGGUAUAUGUUGGAACAACUCUAAAGGAUCUUUCUGAUGUGACACAUGGAUGGAAUGAGUUUUCAAAAUCUCGCUGGGCAUUUAUCGGAUUGGGCCUUGUGGUGUCUGUGGUUCUAAUGGUUUGUGUCACUAGAGUUGCAAAGGCUGCUCUGGAAAAAGCACUGGCUGAAAAUGAGGAUGUAGAUAGUGUUAUAAACUCGCCCCAACUACCGGUUGUCUCUGAUCCACCUGCAGAUCUCCACCAGCCACUUAUAAUCAAGAUAGACCCUUGUCAAGAACACCAUGAAAAAUGAAGUCUUAUGUUCUUUGUAAAUUCUUCAGCCACCCUUCUUACAAGGCUUUGUUUAUCUUUUACUCAGCACCUUUGAUGUUUGUUGUUCUUAAUUUGUAAAGUUGCAUUGUUUAUCACAUGUAGUUUUAGACAGAUGUCUAUUAUUUUAUAAUGGGUGGGACUGUCUUUCCAACUAUACAUUUAGUGUAUAUAUGAUUUCUUUAGUACACCAUGAUUUGAAGAGUGUCAGUUUGGUGUUA